AUGGGGCCUGCUCUGAUGAAUGUAGACCUGAACUCUGUGGUUCUGGCUUUGGUUCUGGGUUUGAUCUUUCUGGUUCUGUUUGAGAUCUUGAGGAUUCAUGUUUCCAGAGGCAGAACUCCACCUGGACGCAGACCUUUCCCUUUUGUGGGAACUUUACCAUAUUUCAUAAAGGACCCAAUGGGAUCUGCCAGAUCAAUCCAUCACUAUGGGGAGAUGGCCACCGAGUACCUGGGAAGACAACCAGUAAUAAUCUUAAAUACAGUCCAGAUCACCAAAGAAGCACUGGUCCAGGAGGCUUCAACCUUUUCUGGAAGACCAACUUUACCUCUUAUAGACUGGAUAACUAAUGGACUCGGUAUUAUAAUGGUCACAUUUGGUCACUCCUGGAGGCAGCAGAAAAAAUUUGCUCUCAACACGCUCAGGCAUUUCGGCCUGGGGAGGAAAUCUGUGGAAGAACGUGUUUUAGAAGAAAGCAGUUACCUGGUUGCCGAGAUGCUCAAAGCAGAAGGGAUGGCCUUUGACCCCCAACAUGCCGUACAGAAUGCAGUUUCAAACAUAAUCUGUUCCAUCGUGUUUGGAGAUCGCUUUGAAUAUGACAACAAACACUUUGCAUAUCUGCUGAAUAUCCUCAAUGAAAACUUCAUGCUGACAGGGUCACCUGUAGGACAGAUGCUCAACUUGGUUCCCUUCAUCAAGCACUUUCCUGGACCACACCAGAAGAUCCUUCAGAACUCCAGUGAGUUAAUGGCUUUCAUUCGGAAGAAAGUUAAAGAACACAGACAAACUUUGGAUCCAGAAAACCCACGAGACUUCAUUGAUGCCUACCUGCUAGAGAUAGAAAAACAAAAAAUUCAUGAGGACUCUACAUUUCAUGAUGAGAAUAUGGUAAUGUCGACAUCCGAUCUCUUCUUGGCUGGAACAAACACAACAACGACCACCAUCAGAUGGGGACUCAUCUUCUUGACUGAAAACACAGAAGUACAAGAGCGAUGUCAUGAGGAGAUUGUUCAGGUGUUGGGUUAUGACCGUCAGCCCAGCAUGGAUGACCGUGAUAAACUUCCAUACACAUACGCCGCUGUUCAUGAGAUUCAGCGCUGUGCUAACAUUGUACCUUUUGGUGUCGUUCAUGCAACCACACAACCAACCAAACUAAGAGGAUACGACAUUCCCAAGGGAACAAUGAUCAUGACAAACUUAACAGCGAUUUUCAGUGAUAAGAAGCAUUGGAAGAGUCCGGACACGUUCAACCCUGAGAAUUUCUUAGACGAGAAUGGACAUUUCUAUAAACCUGAGGCGUUUAUCGCUUUCUCAGUAGGUCCGAGGGUCUGUCUCGGGGAGACCUUGGCAAGGACGGAGCUCUUCCUUUAUAUCGUCUCUCUACUACAGCGGAUACAUUUCUCCUGGCCGCUGAACUCACAGCGUCCAGACAUGGAUGGAAUCUUGGGUGCAGUGAGAUUCCCUCAUCCCUUCAAAAUCACCUGCCGUAGCAGAGAUGCCAAAGAUUGAACAUCAGCUCAAGUACAGUUGAAAAAUAAUUUUAAAAACAUUAUGGUACCAAGCUUACACAAACUGUUGUCAGGUUUUCAGAGAACUGUCUGCAGCAACAUAAGCAACUGAAUUUCAGCUGGUGCUCACUAUCUACAGGUACUAAUUGGUGUCGGUCCAACAGCGCCUGUUUUUA